AUUAAUCGUGGCACUAUCUGUUGGACUUGAGUCCCCGAAGGGGAGAACCCCUGAAGAGCCUAGAAACGUCAUACCGCAAACUCAUGCCCACUCACACAGGCCAAAAACCUAUGUAGGUAUGGGCGGAAAAAUCGGCGCACUUAGUUCCUAUAAAUUUGUAUCGCUGCCGCUGCAGCGGACAGUUCUUAUAAACUGGUGACAGCGGUUGGUUUGAAUUGCGGUGGAAAAGCCUAGAGUUUCGGCUGGGAAAUACUUCUGGACCCCGGAAAAACUCUUGGAAAUGUGCAGCGAUUAUAAGGAACACUUCCACAGAAACACAAACAUAACCAGAGAAGAAAUACCUUUGAAUUAAUCAAUAUCUCUCAGAGAAGGUAAACGUAAAAUCAAAGAAAUACGCUAAAAAUUUUAAAAACAAGAAAACAAAUGUGUUUUGUUGUUGAAGCAGGUAGCUUUUGAUAAGAGAUACUUCUGAACCUCUUAAAAGCCAAAAGCAAUAUCUGAACGAGUGGAUUAUAAAAUGUUUGUUGACAAAUACGUACCUCUGCCAUUAAAAUAAACAAUUACUUAAUAAGUAAUAUGAAAAUUUAAGAUAUUGCUGGAGAGUAAUCAAGAAAAAGGUAUACACAGCUAAAAAUAACAAUAAAAAUAAAUCCCAAUGAAAAUAUUAAUCAGGAAGUACAACUUUUAUCUCUGGGUUAAGAAACCUUGAACCAAUAUAUAUUAAUCAGAGUUAACUAAAAUCUGUAAUAUAAAAAUCCGGAAAAGUCAAACCUCAGAUCAAGUGUUUAAGUCCUAUAAAAAUGCAGAACCGCUUGAUUAGCCUGCUGAUCUUCAUCGGCUCACUGCUGACCGCUUCAGCAGCCAUCUCAUCACCCAUCAUUGGAAUACUCACCCAGGAGGUGUACACCAAUGGCCUGAUCUCGCGACACUUCGAUAACAAGACCAGCUAUAUAGCCGCCUCGUAUGUGAAGUAUCUGGAAGGAGCCGGGGCCCGAGUAGUGCCCAUUUGGAUCGGACGCAAUCGCAGCUACUACGAAGAUCUCAUGAACAAGAUAAAUGGAGUUUUGCUGCCCGGUGGUUCCACUUGGUUCAAUCAAAGCAAUGGGUAUGCCGAUGCCGGCGAACAUCUCAUUCAAUUGGCUAUUGAACGGAAUGAUCAGGGGAUCUUUAUGCCGGUUUGGGGCACUUGUCUUGGCAUGGAACUGCUGGUUUACAAACUGGCCAACGGCACUGAACAUCGCAUUAACUGUGAGGGAACGGGAAUUGCCCUGCCAAUGGAGUUUAAAGAAGACUUCAACAAGAGCCGUCUAUUUGCCUCCAUAAGUGAUAUAGUGGCUACCAUGGCCAAGGAGAAUGUGACCUACCACUGGCAUCAGUUUUGCUAUACGGAAAAGGACUUCGAAAGGGAUCUUCUAAACGAAACCUGGCGGGUUAUGUCCUUGAAUCAUGACUGGAAUGGCAUUGAGUUUAUAUCCACAAUGGAACACCUAAAGUACCCCUUCUACGGGGUGCAAUUCCAUCCGGAGAAGCCGCUGUAUGAGUUUACUAAGACGAGUAUUCCCCACACCGCAGCAGCUGUGUUAAGUGGUCAAUUCUUUGCCGAUUUCUUUGUGAGUGAGGCUAGGAAAAGUAGUCAGAGCUUCGCCAACACCACGGAACAGGCCAGGACACUAAUCUACAACUAUAAACCGGAGUACACUGCCAUUUUGGGCUCCUCAUACAUCCAGCAAUAUUUGUUCACCAAUGACGAAAUGGAAAUUCCCGAUAUUCCAGAGAUUCCGGAUGAUCCUGAUGAGAGCGGCACUGGCUAUAUUCCCAUUAUUGUAGACGGUGACGGUGGUAGUUCCACCCUACUACCACUAUUCAAUGGAUUACUCCUAACCUUGCUGAUCCUAUUAAUUAAUUGAUUGCUAAGACAAAGUUGUGACCUGAACUUUGGUCAAGUUGGCGUGGAGUAUCGAGUCUACAAACGAAAUUCAUUUACGCACUCGAUAAUUAUGGAACUAAGUUCUCAUGCUCUUUGAUCGAUUUUACACUGCUAUCUUUAAUAUUGUCUAUGUGGGGUGAAAUAUUGGCAAAAUAUUUAAGUACAAGCAAAAUAUUAAAAGAGAUUGUCUUUGUCGCCAAGGGUGACUCAAUUGAUAAA